CGAUCCCAUAGAAACAAAACACAGAAUAUUAUCAAAAUCCAACUCCCUGAGCUUCUACUGAUCUUUCACAAAUUGUGGCUAUGGUGAAACAACUAAAACUCAGGAACAAAAUCUUGAAGGCACUGCCAAAAGCAGUAGCAGCAGUCACCAUGACAUUUCAAAACCCUCCAUUCAGCCCAGGAAGGGACCAUAAAUCGAAACCUAUCGUGUCCAUGAUACCCCACGAAGCUAGAAGAAAAACCCACGAUAGAAAUGGCAUCGAUGGAGUUUAUUCUCAGGAACCCACUUCACCGAAAAUAUCCUGCAUGGGUCAGAUCAAGCACAAGAAGAAACAGAUAAAACAAGCCAAGACCAAGAGCGUGACCAGGCCAAAAGAAGUUGCUUGCAAAAAAUCAUCGUCUGCUUCAACAGACACGGAGGUGAAGAAGCACGCUUCAACGUUUCAGAAGAUGUUAUUAUUCCACGCCGCGAAGCCAAAAUCCGAGGGAAGAAAAUCCAACGCUUCUGCUCCGGGGGAUAUUGGUGACAGGGAUCAUGGUCAUGGUGCGGCGGCACGUGCACCGCACGUGAGUCAGAUGAGAAGGUUUUCUAGUGGACGUGACGCUCUUGCUAAUUUUGAUUGGAAGGUGGCUCAGAUGGUGGCGGAUGAAGAGGAAAUUGAUUACUAUUCCGAUGACUAUAGAGUGGAGAGCAGUGACGGUGAAGAAGAGGAGGAAGAGGUUAUGAUCCCUUUUUCUGCACCUAUUUUGGUUGGUGGUGGAGUCGGUGUGCUUAAUUUGAAGCCUCGGAAAGAAAUUAACCUCUGGAAGAGAAGAACCAUGGCUCCACCAAUGCCACUUCAGUUGGCAAACUGAUUGUUUUGUUUUACUCGAGACGACAAUGCAAAACGAUUGAUUUGUUCUGUCCAUUUCAAUGUGGUUCUGUCUUGGUUUUGAAACACUUUGUCUGAAGAUAAAUAGCUAUUAGUUACAGCCAAAUAAUGCAAUUUGUCAAGGUGUCGUGGUAGACCAAUAUAUGAUAUAUCAUAGUGUACAAAAAUACAUGACAUCAAAGUUACAAUCUCUACUCUUUCCAAUUCAAAGUUCAUAGAGAACGAAAUUCAAAUUGU